UGAAACGUUCAAACAAUAAAUAUUCAUGACUUUAAGGCUAAACUAGAUGACUGUAGGUAUGGAGACAGAAUCGAGCAUAGCUCUUUUCCCGUAAAACUCAACUAGGUAACACAGUAAAUUAAACACACAGGACACGUCAGAGAAAACAAGUAUGGCACACCUGAAGGUCAUGGUGAAGCUUAGCUAAAGUCAAUGUCAUUGUUGCUAAUCCGAACAUAGGUUAUAACUCAUAUUUCAUCAUGGCCUUGCAAGACGCACACAGAACAAUUUCCUCGAAUUUUACGCUUGGAUGUGAACAUUAUCGACGAAAAUGUAAACUAGUCAGCCCUUGUUGCAAGCAAAACUAUAUCUGUCGCUUUUGCCAUGAUGAAAGUGAGAACCAUCCUCUGGACCGGCCAAAUAUUACAGAAGUGGAGUGUCUUGUUUGUGAGCAGACACAACCAUUGUCACAGAAUUGUGGAAGUUGUGGCAUAAUAUUUGGGAAUUAUUUUUGUGAAAAGUGCAAGUUGUUUGGUGAUGAGGAUUUAGGGAUGUACCAUUGUGAUGGCUGUGGCCUGUGUCGAGUUGGCGGCAAAGACAAGUUUUUCCACUGUGAUAUUUGUGAUCUUUGUCUUCCCACAAACAUAAGAACCUCUCAUAAGUGCAUUGCCAAGAUGGGGAAGGGAAACUGUCCUGUCUGUCUUGAGGACAUCCACACUUCAAGAAAUGUGUCCCACAUUCCUCCAUGCAGCCACCUCAUUCAUCGCCCUUGCUUUGAUGACCUCAUUUCAGCUGGAUUCUAUGCUUGUCCAGUCUGUGGUGCUUCUAUGUUUAAGAUGGAUGAGGUAUGGGAAUCACUAGAUGCUGAAAUCAGAGACACAGCUAUGCCUGGCGAGUACUCUGACCUUUACUGCAAUGUGCUGUGUCGAGACUGUAAUAAGGAAUGUCUGACAAUGUUCCAUGUUCUGGGCAACAAGUGUUUGAAUUGUGGCUCUUACAACACAGUGCGAGCUAAAGGAGGUCUCUGCCGUCGAGAGAAAGAACAAACAACUCUACUACAAGAAGAUCCUGAGUACCAAGGUUCUGAGUCAAGAGGUGCUGAAGGUUUCAGUAAUGAAAGUGAUGAUAGUGGAACUUGUGUUCGCCACUGCCAUCUCUCCACAAAGUCUUGGUCGUAUCGUUAUGGAAACCUGUAAUGCCAUCAUCACUGUAUUGAAGGAGCAUAUUAAGAUCCCCAAAACAUCAGAAGUUAGAAGUUGCUGCAGCAUUUGAGAGGACUUGGCAGUUUCCCCAUUGUAUCGGGGCGAUCGAUGGGAAGCAUGUGCAAAUUAAGAAACCUUGUGGUUCUGGUUCAUACUACUACAACUACAAACAGACAUUCAGCAUUGUGUUAAUGGCUGUUGUUAAUGCCAGAUAUGAAUUUAUGAUGGUUGAUGCAGGUGCCAAUGGUAGAGUAUCGGAUGGUGGGGUGUUUGGAAACACAAAAUUUGGUAAGAGGCUGAAAGAAAAGCAGUUAAAUAUUCCAGAACCAAACGCCAUGCCUGGGUGCCCUGGAGUUAUGCCAUAUGUAUUCGUCGCAGACGAUGCCUUUCCUUUACUGGAUAACCUCAUGAAGCCCUUUGCACACAGACAAAUGACAAAAUCACAAGCUAUCUAUAAUUACAGACUGUCACGAGCUCGACGGAUUGUUGAAAAUGCCUUUGGAAUAAUGUCAUCACGAUUUAGAGUUCUUUUGUCUUCCAUUAAUGUGUGUCCAGCAAAAGCUUCAACAAUAGUAAGGGCAUGUUGCUAUCUUCAUAACUACUUAAGGAAACGAAACGUGCAAGCAUAUCUAGAUACCGGAUUUGGUGUAGACGAUGUGAGUAGGACGCAGGCACCAACAUGUUCUCGUAAUGCUACUUCGUCUGCUAAGACUGUAAGGAAUACAUUUUGUAAUUACUUCAAUAACGAAGGAUCUGUUUCUUGGCAGGAGUCUAGGAUUGACAUGUAAUGCAAAAUCAUUUGUGUAUUCUAUAAUCUUUGUCAAUGUCAAAAUCAUGGAUUACACUAUUUGACUGCCAACUUUUGUUUGAUUAUAUAACAUUAUAUACAUAUGUUAACAAAAGUUAUUUAUAUGCCUAUGUUAUCAAAGGUUAUGUAUUAUGUCCCUGGUGCUAUUUGUCACUUACAUUGGCUUUAGGUAAUGAAUAAGAA